AUGCAUAAACUGAUACUUUGCUGUCUCAUUAUCAUCUGCUUCUCCUGUCCUCUCUUGUCUCUCCCCAUCAUCAAUGCCAGUGAGAUGUCUUAUCAACACUCAGCUGAUGAAGACUCGAGGUUAAACCUGGAGAGGUUGGGCAGCCUGGGAAGCUCCUCCCUGCUCCAGCUCCUGGGGACCCUGACUGAGGACAGCAAAGCAGGUCUUACCCCCAGCAACUACAACCCAGGGGAAAAUAUCAAAGAAAAUUUCUACAGGAACCAUCCUCAAAAUGCUUUCCUGGGCCGCCUCUUGACCAAGGACAGGAAACAGUACAAGAAACGUGGGAAUCUUUCUGAGUGCUUCUGGAAAUAUUGUGUGUAA